GCUCAAAACAGUUUCAACGUUAUUUGUCUUUAAUAGGAAAAAUUUAAGUGCAUCCAAAUCGGUUAGAUUUACUUAAACUAUAUAGUGCAACUCUUGGGAAUGUACUAAGCUAGUUAGACUGAUUAAGAUGAGCGCCGCACUGCAAGCAAAGGCGCUGUUGAUACGCGCCGUCGAGUGCGAUCAGAGCGGACGAAUUUUGGAGGCGCAAACGCUUUAUCAAGAUGGCAUUGCCCAGCUGAUGACGUUCGUCAGCACCGAGCCGGAUGAGGUGAAGCGCAAGGGGUUUCUAACAAGAAUCAAAGAGUAUAUGGAUCGAGCGGAUGCCAUCAAGGCACGCGUCAAUGGCCAACUGAUGCUGGGCGAAGUCGUAACCCACCUGUCGAUCGAGGAGAACGAUACUGGAAACGAUUACGAUCAGAUAUUCGGCAAAUAUAUGACCAAUCAAACUAUAGAGAUUAUGCUCGAGGAGCCCUACCUAAGCCAAAACUAUCAGUACCAAAAUCUUAUACGCUUCUUGGAGCUGGCUGUAACCAAUUGCAAGCAACUGAAGUAUGUGCGAUUGGUCACCAAAAAGGAUGCAGCAAAUCCGGAACAGCAAUCAACAAACCUAGGCCAAAUCAAGGCGGAUCUGGAGCGCCGAGAGAUCUCCUUCUACAUAAAGUACGAAGACACAUUGCACGAUCGGAAAAUAUUCCUAAGCAAUGGCUAUAUUAUCAAAAUUGGACGAGGACUGCACUUUUAUAAGGCAUCCAAUCCCAUGUACUCCAUCGGCCUGACUAACUACAGGUACAGAAAGUGCUUGCAGACAGAUGUCGACAUUUGGCGAACUUCGCGCAUUCCCAAUUAAAUAAGAGACAAUCAUCGAUUCCAAGAAGCAGUUAGAAAAGUCGAAAGUAUUUUUGUGUGAGUUUUACCUUUAAAUUUAAUAAUAAAGUUUUUCAACUUUUUAUACCUUUUUGCGAGAAAACGCCCUGGCCAGAGCUGGAGAUUUUUCGAUGUGCUAUAAAUUUUGCAGUCGCGAAGAAUAUAUGAAUAUGGCUGCAGGGACGGUUUUUUGCUGGCACAGAAUGUUUAAAAUUCAUAACUUUCCUGCCACUUCGGAUGCGAAGGCAGCUGCACAGCUGGUGGCUGCUUGGAAACCGGCUUCUGUCUGUUGGCUGCUGUUUUAAAUGCCGCUAGCAGCGGGCGGCCAAUGCAGUUGCAUAAAAGACAGAGAGCGGAAGCGCGCUCGAUACCUCAACCAUUGUCGCCCAAAAGGAGUCGCUGUGUCCUUAACGUUGCAGCUUUAAGCCAGCCAGCUCAACGUCUCUGCCUCGCACUCUCGGCUGGCAGAGACAUGUGCGUGGAUAAUUAGAACUGCGCCACAGUUGGCUGCACAUUCUCAUUGCCGGGCCAGAGACAGGGUCCACCUUUUGGUGGGGGCCACACACACACACAGAGAGAGAGAAGCACACACACAAUAUAUUUUCAAUUUACUUGGUGGCAUGCCAAGGAUUUAUCAACAGAUGAAGGCAAUUGUUACGCGCCGCGAUGAGCCGGCCUAAUAAAUUGCACCAGAGCUAAAAUGCUUUGCUCGCUUUUAAAUUUUAUGGCCCGUAAGAAGGGCACACUAAUGCGACUGUCAAGCCAAAACCGAAGCCCCCGCCCACGCCCCCGUCAACGCCCACAGUUUUUGCCACCCCUAAUUUUGGUUUUUAGCACGAACGAAGCGCCUGCAACUGAAAUUGUGACUGGGCUUCCAUUUGGGCUAAGCUGGCUAUUCAUUGCUGGGAUCAUCUAAACAAGCAACAAGACGCACAAGCGAAAGCAUGCCCCAAAUUGCGUAAGGCUACGGCCUAGGAUUUUCUGCGCUCUUGUGGCCCAACCUGACAAUUAGAUGCUUCAGUUGCUACCAGAAAAGAAAUCUGUAACUAAACCAACUAUAUUCAAACGAGACUAGUGACAGAUCCAUAAUACGAAUAAUACGAGCUUUAAAGUUUGGCUACAGUUGCAAUGUCUUAAGAGACAUAUAAUAUUGAGUUAAUAAUACUUAUAUUAUGCUAUAAAGGCAGUUGCCCAGAUUCCUGUUUAAUUAAUUUUGAAAAGAAGCAAACAGUUUAAAACUCUUGCCAACCAAAUACUUCGCAUUCCCCCAAACAUGCGGCAACAUACUUAAUAAACAUAAAGCACGUUCAAUUAGUUCAAAUUAUUGAGAUAUUAUGAAUUUUGUACAAACUUCU